AGAAGAAACUCGUGGAGCUGCUGGUAUUCUCCCUCCCUCUCUUCACGUGAUUCAGUUUCUCCAGACCAGGGAAGCCGAGGACAAGUCAUACUGUGCGAGAUGGCUGCCGGCAGCCAACUCCUCCUCCUGCUCCUGCUGCCCGGGCUGACCGCAGCCUCGCACAGCCCUCCCGGCUGCAAGAUCCGGAUUACCUCCAAGGGGCUGGACCUCGUGAAGCAUGAGGGUCUGCGCUUCGUGGAGCAGGAGCUGGAGAACAUCACAGUGUCAGACCUGCACGGGAAGGAGGGGCAGUUCCACUACAACAUCAGCCAGGUCAAGGUGAUGGACCUGCAGCUGCCAUUUUCCAACCUGCACUUCCAGCCGCAGCAGCACCUCGCCUUCAACAUCAACAAUGCUUCCAUCAGCCUGCGCUUCAGGCGGCAGCUGCUCUACUGGUUCUUCUAUGACAUCGGAUCCAUCAAUGCUUCUGCUGAUGGUGUCCACAUCCAUACUGUGCUGCAGCUGGCCAAGGAUGAGGUUGGACGCCUGAAGAUUUCCAACAUGUCCUGCAACGCCUCCAUUGCCAGAAUGCACGCAGGAUUCUCCGGCACGCUCAGGAAGGUCUAUGAGUUCCUGAGCACCUUCAUUGUCACAGGGAUGCGCUUCCUUCUCAGCCAGCAGAUCUGCCCGUCCCUGGAGCAUGCCAGCCUGGUGCUGCUGAACUCCUUGCUGGACACAGUGCCAGUAAGGAACUACGUAGACGAGCACAUUGGGAUCGACUACUCCCUGCUACGUGAUCCAGUUGUCUCCCCAGAGACCCUCGACCUGGACUUCAAGGGCAUGUUCUUCUACCGUGCGAGGGAGGACCAGGAGCUGGAGAACCACGCGGUGGAGCCGGUGAUCAAGGAGACUGAGCGCAUGGUUUAUGUUGCCUUCUCUGAGUACUUCUUUGACUCAGCCAUGCACGCAUACUUCCAGGCGAGUGUGCUGGCCAUGCAGCUUGAGGGGGAGAAGGUGCCCAAGGACCUGGAGGUUCUGCUGAGAGCCACCUUCUUUGGGACCAUCUUCAUGCUGAACCCUGCUGUGGUGGAUGCUCCCCUGCGGCUGGUGCUUCAGGUGUCAGCUCCCCCCCGCUGUGUGAUCAAACCCUCGGGAACCUCCAUCUCUGUCUCUGCCUUCCUCAACAUCUCGCUGGUACCCGCAGACCGCCCUGCUGUCCAGCUUUCCAGCAUGGCCAUGGAAUCAAAGCUGAGCGCCAAGGUGUACCUGCAAGGGAAGGCACUGCGCGUGCAGCUGGACCUGCGACGGUUUCGCAUCUAUUCCAAGCAGUCAGCAUUGGAGUCACUGGCGCUGUUCUCACUGCAGGCCCCGCUGAAAACUCUGCUGCAGCUGACAAUCAUGCCCAUCAUUAAUGAGAGGACAAAGAAGGGUGUGCAGAUUCCUCUGCCAGAAGGCAUGGACUUCACCAGAGAGGUGGUCACCAAUCAUGCGGGAUUUCUCACAGUGGGAGCUGAUCUCCACUUCUCCAAGGGGCUGCGGGAAGUGAUUGAGAAGUACCGCUCCGCCCCUGCAGUCCCUGCUGAGCCCACCGUGCAGACCACAGCAGCCAGCACAGGCCCCCACCAGCUGUAGCUCUGCUUACUUGCUCCUUCACCCUGGACAAAGGUCAGAUCCCGGGCUGGACCCGUAGGCUGUAGGUAGGAAGCAACAUUCCCAGUACCACUCACACAUCCUGCAGGGCAUCUGCACCCACAUGGGCAGCAGCAAGGUGGAGACAGCUGCUCUGGGAAUCCCUGCUGCACCCCUUCUCAUACACUAAUAAACCACUGAAUGCCA